UCUCCGACUCGAUCGGCCAUUGACGCCCUCUUCCUCCUCCUUGACCCCGUCUCCAGUUUAUCUGCGCCACCCUCUCGCCCGUCUCCCUCCUUUGCCCGCCUCUCAUCCCGGCCGUCUCAAGCCAGAACGCAACGGCCGGCCGCGGGUCGGCAGCAGAGCAAACAUGAGCGGGGGAGGAGGGGGCGGCAACUCGAGGGAGCUCGACCAGACGCCGACAUGGGCCGUCGCCUCCGUCUGCGGCGUCAUCGUCCUCAUCUCCAUCCUCCUGGAGAUGGGCCUCCACAAAGUCGGAGAGUGGUUCGCGCACAGGAAGAAGAAGGCCAUGGUGGAAGCCCUUGAGAAGGUCAAGGCAGAGCUGAUGGUGCUGGGGUUCAUCUCGCUGCUGCUGGUGUUCGGGCAGAGCUACAUCAUAAAGAUCUGCAUCUCCGAGGCUGCCGCCGACACCAUGCUCCCAUGCCGCCUCAAGAAGGCCACCGUCGAGGUCGAGAUCGCCAAGGACGGCGGCCACGGCGCCCCCGCGGAGGAGCACGGCGCUAAGCAGCCGGAGGAGCAUUUCAGCCUCGGCACCAAUCCCUUCACCGCCACCUCCUUCAGCGUCCCCCACAGGAUGCUCAGUGAGGCCACCUCCUUCAGCGUCCCCCACAGGAUGCUUAGUGAGGCCACCUCCUUCAGCGUCCCCCACAGGAUGCUCAGUGAGGCCAACAUGAACAUCAAAUGCCCCCCGGGGAAGGUGUCCCUCAUAUCGAUAAACGCUCUGCACCAGCUGCACAUCUUCAUCUUCUUCCUGGCCGUGUUCCAUGUCUGCUACAGUGCCACCACCAUGGCACUCGGCAGAGCCAAGAUACGAGGAUGGAAAGAGUGGGAAAAAGAAGCAGUGGGCCAAGAUGAAGAAGUCACUAACGAUCCGUCGCAAUUCAGGUUUACGCACGAGACAUCGUUCGUCAGGCAGCACAUGAACGUCCUCAACAAGACCCCGGCCUCGUUUUACAUCAGCAACUUCUUCAGGCAGUUCUUCAGAUCGGUCCGGAGGGCCGACUACUGUGCGUUGCGCCACAGCUUCGUCAACGUUCAUUUGGCUCCUGGCAGCAAGUUUGAUUUCCAGAAGUACAUCAAGCGGUCUCUCGAGGACGAUUUCAAGGUCAUCGUCGGGAUCAGCCCUAUUCUGUGGGCGUCUGCACUCAUCUUCCUGCUCGUCAACAUCAACGGGAUGCACACCAUGCUCUGGAUAUCCAUCAUGCCGCUGGUGAUCAUCCUGUCGGUGGGCACGAAGCUGCAGGGGAUCAUCUGCCGGAUGGCGAUCGACAUCACGGAGCGGCACGCGGUGAUCCAGGGGAUCCCGCUGGUGCAGGUCAGCGACAGCUACUUCUGGUUCAGCCGCCCCACCUUCGUCCUCUUCCUCAUCCACUUCACGCUCUUCCAGAACGGCUUCCAGAUCAUCUACUUCCUCUGGAUCCUGUACGAGUACGGGAUGGACUCGUGCUUCAACGACUCCAAGAAGCUCGUCGUCGCGCGGCUAUGCCUCGGGGCAGUGGUGCAGGUGCUGUGCAGCUACGUGACGCUGCCACUCUACGCGCUGGUGUCGCAGAUGGGGUCAACCAUGAAGCAGUCCAUCUUCGACGACCAGACCUCCAAGGCGCUCAAGAGCUGGCGCGCCGGCGUCAAGAAGAAGCCGGCGGCCCAGUCUUCCAAGCACGGCGGGUCGCCCUCGGGGAGCCCGCGCGCCGGCAGCCCCAAGGGCGCCGACGAAGGCAGCACCGGCAUCGCGCUCACGCAGAAGCAAGGCGGGGGCGACGACGGCGCGCCAUGAUAUCAUAUGUACGCGCCCGAGGAUCCAUGAUCCAUUCGAGCACGCUGUUUGAUUCUUUGUACCAGUACACGUAGCAGCAAGCAAACACGUCUAUACAUGUGUGUGAGUGUAUAUGUAUAUGCAUCUGUGCAUAGCUUACGUAGGACACGCAGGAAGGGAGGAGUUGCAUCUUUUUUCUUGUUAUUAUCACUUCUACAAUUUAAUUUAACUAGGGUGUUGUUGUAUUCAUGUCGACUAAUCAUUUGCUAACUCGAAAGGUGUAAUUGCAGUUCAAACAGAUAUGAAUGA